UGGCUUAUCCCCCUAUUUUACGCCUAUUUUACGCCUUCUACCCCUAUUAUAGACAUGUACUCAAGGGCCUGUGGUGUGAUGUCAAAUAUGUCAAAGAAAUCAAUAGAUGAGAUGAUCAUAAUCUGGAAUGUUUAUCAGACGACUGUAACAAGACUUAGAAGAAAGUUUUUUCAGUAUUUGAAUUAGUUUUCCUUCAUAAAGCAGCAUGUCAACCGUGCAUAAUAAGUCAGAUUGAGGUAUGUCUAUUGAAGCGAUGCAUGAUCGUACAAGUUUGAACAACUUGACAUGAAACAGGUUUUCGCACGUAGGCGUUUGCUCUGUGUUGUUGUUUUUUUGCAUAUGUGUACACCUCGGUCGAAAGUAAACGAACACUUGAAAUUUCCACAUAAUAUCUUCUAAAAUAUUGGGGGGUUGGAGGGUUGGGGGGUGGUGGUAGCCCUUUUCAAGAGAAAGGAGCGAUACACUACAGUGCAAAAGUGGUUAAUUUCUAAAAGUUAAUGCACUUUGUCAAUUAAAACGAAUACAUUACAUGCAAAAAACUUUUAUCACGCAGUCCAUGAUGUCACCUUGACCAUGUAGUCUGGACCAUGGACAUUGUUACUGAAAGGUGAAAAUCCCCUGGGCCCGGGUCCCAAAAAAGAUUUAGGAUGGAUGAUGUCCUGCUUGACUACGGUGAUGUUCUAACAUCUUACAUGAACGCAGCAAGAGGAUCCUCGUCUCAAUCAUCGCAGCUACAGCAGAGAAUUCGAGAAAAGAGGAAGACAGCUGAUGACCCUGAAGGCGUGCAUGAGAAAGGAUACAAGAGAACUAAGUUUAAUGCACGUCGUGAUAGCAGUCUCGAACAAGUGUCGUCUGCUAGUCAAAAUGAGAACUUGUGGCAGCCAAUUUAUAAAGGUUCCAAAUCGACAACAAGGCCAGCACAACAAGAACAAUAUGACAAACCCUCUUGUGAAUCACAAGACGAUCAAAACUUGGAUAUGAUGAGUCAAAAUCCGUUAUCGUUGUUCGAAAUCUGUACAAGUUAUGUUGCUGAGAAUGUCCUUCUUGUUGACUCAUUUGUUGGAUUUCCGGAUGAUGUUGGAAGGAAGAUAUUUGCAAGCUGCGAAUCAAAGAAAGUGUUUGAUUGUUUAGAAUCCAAAUCGAUUGGUGCUAUGACGCUUUUUGAUGAAGCAUACUGCGAUGCUGUUCUGCCUUCAUUGGACUUGACUGGUUGUCAUCGCGCUCUCGGGAUUCACCUGGAACACUUUGUGAUAUUCACUCACCUGGUGGAAGUGGACUUGACCUCCUGCAAGCUAGGUGAUGAUCAUGAUAUGCUUUCAUACUUGGCGACAUUGACUUGCCUGACCUGCCUGGGUCUAGCAGAUAAUGCUCUGACAGAUGACGGUGUGCAACGUCUGACCGCACCUUUGAGAAUGUUCGGCAAGGGACCAACAUCACUUCGAUAUCUCAUCCUCAGUGGGAAUUCAACCAUCACCAAACGAGUUGUCCGUUACCUCAAAUGCUUCAAAGAUUUGCAGCAUUUAGAUCUGUCUGGGACAAGUCUAACGAUUGCAGACUUGCCCUUUCUGUAUGAUAGUCUCAAGAUGACCUUGUCCAAGUUGACCUCGACCAAGUAUCCUCUAUGUAGCACUGAAGGAUGGGCGGCUAAUAUUGUUGAUAAAUGGAAGCACCACACGGCUGAACCCUGCUCCAGUAAACCCAAAGGCACUGCCAAACUGUCGAAUAUGUCUGGAUUUUAUGGAAGAAAGAAACCAGCUCCAAUGCCAUGCUCCUCGCCAGCAACUAGAGACUUUAAACCAAGACUUUUAGUCACAAAAGCAAGUUCUAGUGAGAGUACAAGUGACAACAUUCUCAUUCAGAAAGCUAAGAAGGAUCUUGUGAAUAACAAUGUCGGCAAAAAGCUAGGAGGUGGUUUGAAAAUUUCUAAAGGAGCUGCAGAUUCUCCCGAUUUUGUACGGAAAAUGAGAAUGAAGUGGAUCGCUAGCAAUCGGCAGACAUCUGGUGAUGGAAUAGUUGAUGAAAAACAAAAUGAGAACUCAGAUUUACUGUCCACUUACACGCGGAGUGGCACUGAGGCUAAGAGUCCGAAGUCGUUGUGGGAAGCCAUGAGUUCAUGGUGAAUACGGGAGUCAAUAUAGGAUGCCAUGCCUGAGAGUUCGUUCUGGCUUUGCUGAUUUGUGUAUGCAUUGUCGGGAAGUGGUUCUCUGCCAGGACUGGGCAAUUAAAACCAUUGAACUCUGAUGUGGAUGAUUUCGUGUCUCCGACAUUGAUGAAAUUGGUGACUGCCCUAGUCUAAAAAGUGACUUUACAUGCACUUUUUCUUGUGUCAUUUGUUCUCAAAUAAAAUUUUACUGUCAUAUAUGUUAAAUUUUCUUUAAAAAUAUACAA